UUGUCAAACUAGUUGGUCACGGACGGUCAAAGAUAUCCUACUGCAUACACUAGACGUCACAGCAAGCCCCUGCCUCGCAUCUUGUCAUAUCGAUCCACAAACCAUUCCUACGGCCGCCGGUUUUCUCUUUGCAAAGGAGCAAGAUCUCCGGCGAACUAGAUGAGUCAGUCCGGUGGAACAACAACAGCAGGCGGUGGUGGAGGGGGUUCAGUUUGUCUGGAUUCAGGCGAAGACAAGACUAAAGCCACCACAUUACAAGGCGAGACAGGUCAGGGAGAAGGCAAGGGUGAGGAUGCUCCUAUCUCGGAUGAACAAGAUCUUAACAAUGCGAACAUUGAAGGAUGGACAAGGAGAGAACGGAAUCGACAGGGCGCUGCAUCCAGGAAACCAAGUUUAGACAGAUGCAGUCAGAUGGAGAUAGCACUUGGGAAUGCUGGGAAGAUUGGGCAGGAAGUUGUUUUUCAACCAUUUAAAGGGAUGCAAUUCGACUCAGAGAAGGAUGCAUACAAAUUUUUCAAUGCAUAUUCUUGGAAAAUUGGUUUUGGUAUCAAGCAUGGCAAUAAAUACAUAAACAAGAACGGAUUCAAGACGAUGCAGGACCUUUUGUGUUCAUGCGAGGGAACUCACAAAAAAUUCAAUUCUAGGUCUAGUAGAACAAACUGCCCUGUGAUGGUUAGAUUGCUUCGCACAGAGGACGACGGAUGGUACUACGGAGAGGUGGUAUUAGAACACAACCACGAGUUGGCAGCUAGUGCAGGUGAAAGAAAGUUAUGGAAGUGUCACAAGUAUGUCGACUCAUCUAUGAAGGACAUUGUUAGGCACUUGCGUUCUAACAAUGUUUCACUGACCGAGGUAUAUGGGGUGAUGGCUGACAUUCAUGGUUCACAUGAUGACGUCCCAUUCCGUAAAAGGUCUCUCAAAUCCAUGUGUGCUUCCAUAGCUCACGAAUGUAGUCAAGAUGAUAUCAAUAAGACACUGGAUUUAUUCACAAGCAUGCAGGCAGAAGGAACUGGAUUCUUUUUCGCAGUUAAAACAGAUGAGGAAAGAAGGGUGUCUGGUCUGUUUUGGUGUCAUCAAAAGAGCAGGGCUGAUUACAGUUGCUUUGGAGAUGCCGUGACAUUCGACACGACUUACAAGAGCAACCUCUAUGAGAUGCCAGUUGGACUAUUUGUUGGAGUCAAUAACCAUUAUCAAUGCUGCCUGUUUGGUUGUGUUUUUCUGCGUGAAGAGACUGUAGAGUCAUUCAAGUGGGCAUUUGAAACAUUCCUAUCAGCAAUGGACAACAAACCACCAAAAACAAUAUUAACUGACCAAAGCAGGCAAAUGGAGCUUGCUAUUGCUCACGUGAUGAAUUCAUCAAAACAUGUUUGGUGCAAAUGGCAUGUUUUAAAGAAGAUGAGGGAGAAAGUAGGGAGCAUAUACAGGAAUGGUACUCCUUUUAGGAACGAUUUCAACAUUCUAAUAAAUGAGAUGAUGACAGUUGAGGAGUUCGAAAAGGAAUGGCAGGAGAUCAUGACACAUUAUGGACUUGAAAAAAAUUCAUUUUUGCAUCAGGUUUAUGAUUGUCGUUUCAAAUGGGCCAAGCCUUACCUCAAGGGAGACUUUUGUGCCAAAAUGUGCAGCACACAAAGAAGCGAGUGCAUGAACAACCUGCUCAAGUGUUAUGUAUCCAGGUCGGCACCAAUAAACAUCUUUUUUCAACAGUACACAAAGAUGUUUGCCGACAGAUGUGAAGAGGAGGACUUCGAAAUCGCUCACUCAAAGAAGGAUGGGAAGAUAAUAAGAACAAACUUUCUAAUAGAGCGACACGCAGCUAAAAUUUACACAAGGGGUGUGUUCAAGCUGUUCUUACUUGAAUUGUAUCAGUCUGGAUCAUUCAUCGUGAAGGGAAAUCAGGUGGAUGGGAGAAUCACAUUAGAGCAUGCUGAUGCAGAACAAAGGCAACGUUGGUGCAAAGUGGUUUAUGAUGUUAUUGUUGACAGGGAGAGCGACACUUACAAUUGCGAGUGUGGAAUGUUUGAGCACUCUGGACUGCUUUGUCGACACUUACUAAAGGUUAUGGUACACAUUGGCGUCCGCCAAAUCCCGAGUAGGUACAUUAUGAAGAGAUGGACCAACGAUGCUAGAGAAAAUAUGCCAGAUCACCUAAAGUGUUAUCAGAAAGAUGCAAGCAUGCAGGUGUCGAAGACUUUCAUGCACAACAUAAUCUACGUCAAGGCAUUGGAGAUAGUAAAACUAGCUGACAGCGGCAUGGUUACUUUCCAGCAUGCUAUAAUGGGAUUGGAUAAAGUAAAGAAUGAUCUUGAAAAGAUUAUAACAGCAGGAAUUACACAGGGACAAGCUUCUAAUGACAAAGGCAAUGCAGCUCAAGCAAGCAAAGAGCCAACACAGGAAACAACUCAAGGAUUCAAAGAAAAUGAGACCACACCUACAGAGAACCAACAAACAGAUGAAGGAUUGAAGAACGAAAUGGGCAACAUGUUCUCACAAGGUUCUCAAAGUUGUUUAGCACCUGAAAAGAGAUCAGCCAAAGGUAGACCCAAAACGAAGCGUUUCAAGUCAGAGGCUGAAGGCGCAUCAAACAAGAGCACAAGGAAGUGUGCGAUAUGUGGAUCUAGGGACCAUUUCACAAAGUCUUGCCCUUGCCACCUUGUUGGUGCAGCAUCAUCAAGCGAUUCUGAGGGAGAUGCCGACUUAACAGUUGAAGACCAUGUCAACACAGAUGCUGUUGAAGAAAAAGAUGUCAAUCAGCAAAGCCAGAUGGGAGAACAAAGUAGGAGAACUGAAAACAUCAAUACUCCCAAGUCUGUCCAGAGGAGGUGCAAGAAAUGCGGUCUGCCUGGUCAUUACACUCCUAAGUGCCCAAAAUUCUAUGGCCCCAAAAAGCCUCCAAAAGAGGUGACAUGCAAAAAAUGUUGCCUGGGAGGUCACUACUCGUCGACUUGUGGAGGGGAGUCUUCAUACAAAAGAAAGCGUUAAUUUGGAAAAUGGGAUUCAGGUGAAAUAUCCCGGCUGUAUCAUUUUUUAUUUUUAUUUAACGAACUUUCAUUUGUAUUUCGUUUGUGUCGAGAUAUCCAUGUAUUCAGUAUUAUGUCAUUUCGGACUAUUCAUUUGUUGCCCGCUAUA